GUUUCUGUUUCUGCAGGCAGUGUGUUUCAGUCAGCUACAGAAAGUGGAUUAACACGACUGUUUUGUGCUUUUAGGAAUUAAUUCCUGCAAAAAUGACGAUAAAAUUGAUCCGAGACCAUGGACAGCAUUACCGUCCCCGGAUGGCCUGUUUACAGAAGCUCGAGGCGAUGGUGCUGGAGAUGCAGUCUGGAGUGAAAUCAUCUGAACAGAAGCUGAACAUUACCUCCAUUCCUCAUGUCAUCACCGGUGAGGACAUUCUUGCCUGGAUUGCAAAUCAUAUGAAGGUGGACACUCAAGAGGCACGGACUAUGGGCACCAUGCUGGUGGCAUAUGGGUUCAUCUACCCUCUGCAAGACCACAAAAGGCUCAUCCUGAAGCCAGACGGAAGCCUCUACCGCUUUCAGACUCCUUACUUCUGGCCUGCUCAGAAAUGGAAGGUUGACGACACUGAUUAUGCGAUUUACCUGGCCAAGAGAAACAUUAGGAAGAAGGGAUCGCUGGAUGUAUAUGAGCAGGAGAACUACAACAAGCUUCACAAAUGGCUCAACUAUAAAUGGGAUUUUAUCGUGAUGCAGGCCAAAGAACAGUACCGGGCAGGGAAGGAGAGGAAUAAGGCAGACCGGGUGGUGUUUGACUGUCAAGAGAGAGCGUUCUGGAUAGUGCACCGGCCUCCACCUCGAACUCACAGCGCCAUGGACUAUGGAGUGGAUCGCCUCAUUGACCCUAAUGUAGAAGAGAAAAAGACCUUUGACUACUACAAGAGAAUUAUCAUCUUCACACAGCAAGCCAUCAUGAGGCCUAAGGUGAAGUCCACCGUGUCUCUUGGAGCCCUUGUUAAGUUCAUGACAACGUAUAAAGGCCAUGACCCCUUCCUGGCCCCCUGCCUGCCCAGCAACCCCUGGCAGACUGAUGACGACACCUACUGGGAGCUUAACAUGAGAAGUGUUGAAACUCCCACAAAAAUGAGAGUGGAGCGCUGGUCCUUCAGCUUCUUCGAGCUGCUGAGUGAUCCUCGAGGACGUGCUGACUUCAAAGUGUUCCUGAAGAAAGAGUUCAGUGGUGAGAAUUUGGCGUUCUGGGAAGCAGCGGAGGAGAUGAAGUGGGGGGCGGCGUCAUCCAUCAAUGAGCAAGCACAAACAAUUUUCAAGACUUUCUUGGCCCCCGGAGCUCCACGCUGGAUCAACAUUGACGGGCGGACGAUGGGUCUGACAGUGAAGGGUCUGGAACAUCCUCACCGCUAUGUUCUUGAUGCUGCGCAGACACACAUCUUCAUGUUGAUGAAAAAGGACACCUUCUACCGAUACCUGAAGUCUCCAGUUUAUAAAGACAUGCAGAAAAAGUCCCUCUCACCUGCUCCACACACCUUCACUGAUUCUCAGCUGGAGCAGAAUGCUCGAAAUCGUAAACCGGGCAUCGACCCCAUCAUCAUCUGGCAGCAGGAGGAGGAGGAGAGAGCCAAGGCAGCCGCUGCCGCCGGACCCAUCGACAUAAAAAAACUGAUGGCCAGCAAACUGGACCGCAAGUAAAGAGCUGAGGGGCAGUGCAGAGUUUGUUUUAGGUUUAAUAUUUUAAAAUAGCUCCAAAUGUAAGUGAUCUUAACAUAACACAAUCUUUACCUCUGAAAUGAAAAUUAUAGAAAAUAAAGAAGAAUAACCAUUUUAAGGGGCAUUCUGACCAGGUCUAGUGAAUCUACUGGCUGGUUUUAGUGUGAUGUCCAGAUCAACCCAUCCCCAUUUGUUUCAGUGGCAAAACAGAUAUUUGUUUUAUUUUGUUAAAUUUUCUUUUUUUGUAUUAGUUUAUUUCGAACCAUUUUACCCAUUUUCUAUCCAAUUUGUAAGGCUUAUUAUCCAAUCCUCAUUAAUAUGAACUUCCCUGUUCACUAGUGGCACUCCCCCAAACAGGAGGGUGAAGACUAGCGUCUGCCUCCUCUGAUACAUGUGAAGUUAACCACUGCUCCUUUUUUUAAAAUGUAGCCAUCAAAGCUCAGAGGAAAGCUUAACAACUCAGCUCUGACUCAAAACCAGCUAACAGACACCUGUGCUGACCAACAUCACAGGGGGAGAGGAGGAGAGAAAGUCAUCUACCUACCCAGAGAAACAAGGCCAUCUGUGUUCUCUCAGACUCUGACUGCAGAUAGCAAGCAGCAAGAUCUGGGAAAUAAUAGCGGACUAAGCUCUGCCACUAUGACCGGGAGAUCGCUGGUUCGAAUCCUGUUUAUGUAGCUUGCCAUCGGCUACUGGAGCCCUGGGGGAUCAGAAUUGGCCUUGCUCUCUCUGGGUGGGUAGAUAGUGCUCUUUCCCUCAUCACUCCAAAGGGUGAUGUCGAUCAGCACGAGGCAUCUGUGAGCUGAUGUAUUGAAACCACGUUACACAGCAAUGCUACAUCAUCAGAUGUGAAAAGAAGCGGUGGCUGAUGCCACAUGUAUCAGAGGAGGCAUGGGCUAGCCUUUACCCUCCUGGUGUUGGGGCAUCACUAGUGAUAGUGAUUAGGUAAUUGCCCUUGUAAAUUGGGGAGAAAAUAAGAUUGAAAAUUAGAAACAAAAUUAUAUAAAAAAAUGUAAUAUGAUUUGUCUGAAAAGUCUAUAUGGUGUGUUCUUCAAGUGUACUGGGCUUUUGAUUUGUCUGAAAAGUUCUAUAUGAAUAAAUUUUUCUUGAUUAAAAACAUCCACAGUGUUUUGCAAAUGUUUUAAUUUUCUGAGAUAGAGUAAGUUAAAGGAGAGGAUAUUACUAAAUACACUUUCUUCAUAUUUAAGUAAUCUUCCUAUUAAAUAUAAAUUACAAUACAGAAAAUGUAAUAAUAUAUGUGUAUGAUGAUUGUUUCAUUAUUUUCAGAAACUAUUUAUGUUAAACAUUGCAUCUCAGGACCCACUUUUCAUGACUAGUUUAACACUGUACAAGAGGGAUGUACUGACACUGAUAGUGUGCCCUUUAAUUAGUCCAAAUAGGGAGAUUACAAGGUUAUGAUGAACAUGUGUUGGUGAUUAAUUCUGAUGUGUGAUCUUGUUCUGAAGUUGUUAGAUCUGCAGCAGGUACAGUAUUAGUUGUUGGACUGUCAUUUCUGUAAAUGAAACUCUGCUGUGACUCGAAGGAGAACUGAUGUUGUAAAGUUGUAAAGUACAGUGAAUAAACUGUUAUAAAUCUA